GCCACUCGCCGCUGCCCUGGGCCCCGCGAACAUGUCGCCCGCCCGCGCGCUCGCGCUCUGGCUGCUCCUCUGCGUAGGCGUCUCCGCAGCCUCGGCCGAGUCGAUCCGAGAAACUGAGGUCAUCGACCCCCAGGACCUCCUGGAAGGCCAAUACUUCUCUGGAGACCUACCUGAUGAUGAGGACGUUGGGGGGCCUGGGCAGGAACCUGGUGACUUUGAGCUGUCCGGCUCUGGAGAUCUGGAUGACUUGGGGGACCCCAGGAUCUUCCCUGAAGUGAUCCAUCCCUUGGUGCCUCUAGAUAACCACAUCCCUGAGCGGGCAGGGCCUGGGAACCGGGCCCCCUCUGAAACUAAGGAGCUAGAAGAGAACGAAGUCAUCCCCAAGAGGAGCUCGCCCUUUGAGGAGGAUGUGUCCAAUAAGGUGUCCAUGUCCAGCACUGCCCAGAGCAGCAACAUCUUUGAGAGAACCGAGGUCCUGAUAGCGCUGACUGUGGGCGGCAUCGUGGGCAUCCUGUUCGCCGUGUUCCUGGUCCUGCUGCUGGUGUACCGCAUGAAGAAGAAGGACGAAGGCAGCUACGACCUGGGCAAGAAGCCCAUCUACAAAAAGGCCCCCACCAACGAGUUCUACGCCUGAAGCUUCCCGCGGCCACCGGCCUGGACUUGCGGGGGAAGGGAGCCGAAGGAUUGUGGACGGUGGGCGUUAGAGUAGGGGAGGCACCUGGACACCUCCCUGUCCCUAUCUCCAGCUCUGACCCCGGCCCUGGGUCAGAAGCGACAUCAUCUUCUACGCGCUGCCUAGCUCUCCUUGGUUCUUUGGGCCAAGGUUGCCCCUGAAGGAAAGUGGGGGUUACGUGUGGCCUUUCUGAAGCAAGCCUGGGAUUGCGUCAUUUCUUUAAAUUUCCAGAUUAGAAUCUAGGACCAGUUUCGAGCCUGUUCUGAACAUGCCUCAUCAGAGGCCCCUGGAGCCAGGGACGAAGGGGUAUUUAUUGUGGGGGGUCCUGCCUGGAGGUCUGCCCUGGCUGCCUCCUCCCCUUUCACAGCCCAUCCCUCUGCUGGGACUCGGGAGGAAGAACCAGAGCCCCCAGCACCCCCAAGAGUGUCCACCCAUGGGUCCUUGCAGUGGACCGUGGGAGUGUUUGUGGUCCACCUGGGGCCAUCCUGGGCUCUUUCAAGCGACUUGUGGAAAUCCACCUUCUUUCAUUUGGCCAGGGAGGGUGGGAGAAGUCCUGAACGUGCACCCUGAAGUGGAUCUGCAGAGUAUUUGUAAGGCAUCUUUAGGGCGUUUUUGUUGUUAUUAUUAUUUUUUUUAAAACAGUUCAUUCCUUUGUGCAGAGCGUGUCCUCCUGGGCAGGAGUGCGGAGAUGUGAGGAUGUUCUUAACCCCCACAUUUCACAGCACCUGCUAAGUUUGUAUUUAAUGGAUUUUAUGUUUGUUUGUUUCUUGAAAACAAGAGAAGAGCCAGAGAUGUGAUUUUUAUUAACUUUUUUUUUUAUUAUUUAUAGCUUCAUACAGGGCCUCUCCCCCCACCCUUUUUUUUUCUUUAAAAACCCCCUCCCCAUUUAAACAACUUCCUGCUCCCCUGCCCAUGACCUUGGCCCUUUCUGAAGCUGCUUCAUCUAAGAAGUAACUUUUGCUGAAACAUAGUUUUAUAGCAGAUUCCAAAAUAUAAUAUAGGGAUGGUGUGGUAUUUGUGUCUGUGUUCCUGUAAUGUAUUAUUGUUUGCCCUUGGUUUUAGAAAAAUGGAUAAAUAUAUUUUUUCAGGAUAUAGUGUGAUAUUUAGUUUCCCGUUGGCCGGGUGGCUGCGCGAGCGGGUUUCUGCCUUUCUCUUGCCCUGUUCCUGGUGCCUUCCGACCAGGCUGGGAUGGUGGAGGGCAGGUGAUCCCCACCUUUCUGCCUUCGCUCGGGGCCUAGCCCAAGCUCUAGGGUUUGCGUUCUCCAGGCUCCAGGGCUGUGCGAGACGAUACAGUAACCACAGGUGGCUGUUUAAAUUAGGUCAGUUCAAAUCAUGUAAAGUUAGAAAUUCAUCUGUCAGUUGCACUAAUCACAUCUUGACCAUCCAGUCACCACAUGGGACUCCUGGCUAUGGUACUGACCCUGCAGAGAGCGAGCCCUUCCAUCUCUGGGGUGCCACAUGCUGCUCUAGAGAGCUGUACUGGCUUGGUGAGUUAGUGCCCAGCUUGGCUAGGAUGACCCUUGUCUCCCUGGGCAAGGGGGAGGGACAGGGAGGAAGGCCCACGGGCCCAGCGGGGUCUGUUAUCUGGGGCUCUCCCUCUUAAAGAGGAGAGUCCAGGUGGCUUAGCCCAGGUAGGGGUUUCUUCUGACCCCACUGGCUGGGGUGGGGAGAAUCGCCCUCCCUGGCUGUGCCCUGUGGCUGUUCCCUGCCGUCUCCACCCCAACCCAGGGUCCCAGCCGGCUGGGUCCCCUUCUAGCCUCAGGGCCCUUUCCUCUUGCUGUGUUGGAGUGAGCCCGUUUUUCUGCAGCCUGCCCCCUCUUGUCCCCUACACACUGUUGUCUGUUACUGAUUUUUUUGAUAAAAAGAUAAUAAAGCCUGGUACUUUCUA